CAGCUGAAGUCAUUACAGAACCAGAACGAAUACGAAAAGAAGUACAAAUUACUAUGAAAACUGGACAAAGCCGAACACUCCAAACUGGAACCACUGGAAAGAAUAUUUCUGACCCAAUUACUCUAAAAGAGCUAGAGGAGACCAUUAAGAAAUCACCAACUA